GACGAGAUUACCAACUCCGGACUUUCAUUCCGUUCUACUUUCGUCACCCUCUGCGAAUACAAACACCAUUCUCCCGUCACAAAUCAAUCGACCCUCCGUUCAACAUGUCGCGAAACCUCAUAGAUCAGGACUUCGGCUCCGAAGAGGAAGAUGACGAUUUCAACCCCGCCCCGGCGGAUGACUCAGAUAACGAGGAUGUGAAGGCGACGCACCGUCGUCGGGAUGACGACGACGAUGACGAUGAUGACGCCGAUGUACACACUGGACGGACGGCACGGUAUCGCGCGGGCAGUGAAGACAAUGCAAGAGGACGUGGCCAUGCGGAUGACGACGAUGAAGGGGACGACAACGAAGACGAGGAGGAAGGCGAUGAAGACGACGAGGGCGAGGAAGAUGAGGAUCAAGAUGAGGAGGAUGAGGAGGACGACGACGAUGUAAAUCCCAGACGGCCCGCGAAGCGCAGACGGAGAGGAGGUGUUCUCUCUUUCGUCGACACUGAGGCCGGUGUCGAUGAAGAUGAGGAUGAGGCCGAGGACGAGGAGGAUGACAUGGAAUUUGGCGGGGAAAUGCACCCCGACGAUAUGGACACACUGCCCGUUGGAGUGGAGACGGAUGAUCGCCGACACAGACAGCUGGAUCGUCAGCGCGAAUUGGCGGCCAGUAUGGAUGCGGAAAAGCAGGCCCAGAUGCUGAAGGAGCGUUAUGGUCGAAACCGUGCGGCGGCCACCGAUGCCGUGAUUGUUCCCAAGCGAUUGCUUCUCCCGAGUGUCGAUGAUCCGAGUCUCUGGGGUGUUCGUUGCAAGGCUGGCAAGGAGCGUGAGGUGGUGUUCUCGAUUCAGAAGCGCAUCGAAGAGCGUCCGCCUGGCUCUCGCAACCCGGUCAAGAUUAUUUCCGCCUUCGAGCGAGGUGGAGCGAUGGCUGGAUACAUCUACGUCGAGGCACGCCGGCAGGCUGAUGUUAUGGAUGCACUGCAGGAUAUGACGAACGUCUAUCCCCGGACAAAGAUGAUCCUGGUGCCCGUACGAGAGAUGCCGGAUCUCUUGCGUGUGCAGAAGUCGGAAGAGCUUUCGCAUGGAGGCUGGGUUCGGAUCAAGCGUGGAAAAUACCAGGGCGAUCUCGCGCAGAUUGAGGAGGUUGAGACCAACGGUCUUGCUGUGACGGUGCGCUUGGUUCCUCGUUUGGAUUACGGUCUGAACGAGGAUAUUGGUGCCCCUGCCAUCGAUCCUAAGCGGAAGCGUCCUGGCAUGAACCCAGCGGUGGCUCGUCCCCCUCAACGUGCCUUCAGCGAGGCUGAAGCCAAGAAGAAGCACGCCAAGUACCUUUCUGCGACGUCUGGCUUGGGUGGCAAGUCAUGGAACUACUUGGGUGAGACCUACAGCGAGGGCUUCUUGAUCAAGGACAUGAAGGUCCAGCACCUCAUCACAAAGAAUGUGAACCCUCGACUGGAAGAGGUUACUAUGUUCGCUCGGGGUGCAGACGACGGCACUUCGAAUCUGGAUCUGGCUUCUUUGGCCGAAACGUUGAAGAACCAGACUGCAGAAGAAUCAUAUCUCCCUGGAGAUCCUGUCGAGGUCUACCGGGGCGAACAGCAAGGGUUGAUCGGACGCACCACCUCCACACGUGGUGAGAUUGUGACCUUGGUGGUCACGCAGGGCGAUUUGGCAGGACAGACCAUCGAAGCACCGGUCAAGACUCUUCGCAAACGGUUCAGAGAAGGUGACCAUGUCAAGGUUAUUGGAGGCAGCAGAUACCAGGACGAGCUGGGUAUGGUUGUACAGGUGAAGGACGACACGGUGACGCUGCUCAGCGACAUGAGUAUGCAAGAGAUCACAGUCUUUAGCAAGGACUUGCGUCUAUCUGCGGAGACUGGCGUGGACGGUAAACUCGGCAUGUUUGACGUACACGACUUGGUUCAGUUAGAUGCCGCUACUGUCGCCUGCAUUGUCAAAGUUGAUCGCGAAUCUCUCCGAGUUCUGGAUCAAAACGGAUCCAUCCGUACCAUCCUUCCCACACAUGUCACGAACAAGAUCACGCCGCGUCGAGAUGCAGUGGCCACGGAUCGCAAUGGUGCCGAGAUCCGUCUCGGAGACACAGUACGGGAGGUGUCUGGUGAGCAGCGCAGCGGCGUGAUCCUCCAUAUCUACCGUUCGUUCCUCUUCCUGCAUAACAAAGCGCAGGCUGAGAACUCUGGUAUUGUUGUUGUGCGUACGACAAACGUUGUCACUGUGUCGGCUAAAGGAGGACGGGCCACCGGACCCGAUUUGACAAAGAUGAACCCGGCGCUAAUGAGGAACGGAGCUCCUGGCGGUAUGAUGGGACCGCCUCAGCGAAGCUUUGGACGGGACAGGAUGAUUGGCAAGACUGUUCAGGUUCGAAAGGGACCGUACAAGGGCUUGGUCGGUAUUGUCAAGGACUCGUCGGAUUUGCAGGCCCGCGUGGAACUGCAUUCCAAGAACAAGCUGGUCACGAUCGACAAAGAGCUGCUGGUUGUCAAGGAUCCGAUCACUGGCCAGACAAUCGAGAUGGGCCGGGGACGGGGUGGUGGACGCAUUCCCAACGGCGGCCCCGCUGCUUCCCAGUCGGCAUGGCAGGGUGGUCGGACUCCGAUGGGUAUGGGUGAUUCUUCUAGGACACCGGCCUGGGGUGGUGCCGCAUCCGCUCGAACUCCUGCAUGGGGUGGCGUAAGCAGCGCGCGCACGCCUGCUUGGAAACAAGACGGCUCCCGCACCUCUAAUCCCUAUGAUGGUAGUCGCACCGCCUACGGAGGAGCCGGAGGCUUUGGUUCACGUACACCCGCCUGGAAUGCCGGUGCCCGCACUCCCUACGGUGGGUCUGGCAACAGUGACUUUGACGCCUUCGCCGCCGGCUCGCGCACCCCGGCCUGGGGCGGUGCCGGUGCCAAUGCCGGUGGCAGGACACCUGCCUGGGGAGGAGCAUCCGCCAGCAAUGGCAACAAGGGCUACGACGCCCCGACACCCGGAGGCAACUAUUCCGCCCCUACUCCUGGCGCCUACGGCAGUGCCCCCACGCCUGGAGCGUCGGCACCCACGCCUGGUGGCUGGGCUGACAGUGCCCCGACGCCCGGCGCCUUCAAUGCACCCACCCCCGGUGGAAUCUCGAAACGAGGAGAAUACGAUGCUCCCACCCCCGCCGCGUUCGACGGCGCGGGUAGUCACAGCCGUCCCUACGACGCACCGACCCCCGCCGGAGCAGCCGCUACUCCUGGUGCAGGCUACGACGGUGACGACGGAGGACCACGCUACGAAGAGGGAACGCCCAGCCCUUGAAGCCUCCACUC